AUGAAGGGACUAGCAGUGGAUUUCUCUGUUGCGCUUAUUCUUCUGGUGGAUUUGGUUCUGGCUCUCGCCGCACAGCCCUUUUUAGGGAUGCACCCUGACAUACUGCUCCGUGGGAUGAGUGGCGGACCCAGACGCACCGUGGAGCGGCAGCAGACGGGCAGGCUGCCCCUCUACAUGAUGCAGCUCUACCGGACCAUGCUGACCGAGGACCGGGCUAAGACCCCGGCCGCCAGCUUGAGCCACAUCAAGACGGAGGACAACCCCGCUCUGCACGACUCCGACUCUGUCAUCAGCCUUGUCGCUAAGAGCUGCCAGCAGAUUGGCAAAAGGUGGUCCGUCACCUUUGACAUGUCCUCCAUGUCUGCCAGCGACAACAUCCAACUGGCCGAACUUCGCAUCCGCCUGCCUGCCUUCACAGAGUCCUCCCGAGCCUCAGUGGACAUCUACCAUUCCCACAGGGACCAGUGCUCAGGCAUGCACUGCCCAGAGAACAGGAUGUUCCUGGGCCGCCUGAGAGCUCAUCCCAGUUCGAUGGUCUCCCCCUCCUCCUGGAAGGUGUUCAACAUGACCGAGAUGCUCCUCCGCUGGCUGCAGCGGGAGCACUCCACACUCAGGAUGGAGGAGGAUGAGGUGAAGGAGGAGGAAGAGCAGGAGCAGGAGGGAGACCAACACCCUGCAGCCGACCGGGUCAUGAUGGUGGUCUUUUCGAGGCAGAACCCAAACGGCCAGCGAAUGCCAACACUCAUCCGCACAGCAGAGCACUCCAAGUACGUCAGCCUGGACAGGGAGCGGGUGGCGGCCGGGUCUGGUUCCAGGACCAGGAGCCGCAGGUCCAAGGGGCACCACCACACCCAACAGCAGAGAGUGAGUGGAGCGGCUCCUGCCAGCAAGCCCACAGAGGAGGAGAAGGGUCCUCUCUGCAGGAAGGUGGACAUGUGGGUGGACUUUGACAAGCUGGGCUGGAGUGAGUGGAUUGUCUAUCCCAAACGGUACAACGCCUAUCGCUGUGAGGGGAGCUGUCCUACACCAGUAGAUGAGACCUUCACACCAACCAACCAUGCAUACAUGCAGAGCCUGCUGAAACUUCACCACCCAGACAAGGUGCCGUGUCCGUCCUGCGUGCCAACCCGCCUGGCACCACUCUCCAUGCUCUACUACGAGAACGGGAAGAUGGUCAUGAGGCAUCACGAGAACAUGUUGGUGGAGGAGUGCGGCUGCCACUGA